AUGCUGUUGGGUCAACUACAAAACGGAGCGUCGAAUGACGUGGUUGUGUCGGGAAGAUUCAAGCUCAAGGGUUCUGCCACCUGGUGGGGCAACAAUUCGAUUGCUGAGGCCUCGGCCAUGCAGCCUCAGAAGAAGCAGUGUUUGGUGGUGGGUGGUGAUGGAGUGGGUUUCAAGCGCCCUGACAAUGGUUCUACCAGGUCAGUCUCUCCCGCAGCCGGCAGUCAAGCGUCUGCUCCACUAUCCUCCUGGGCACAGCUAGCUCCAAUCCCUGCCGUUGGAUCUACCGUACGCAUCGCCGGCUCUGCUGCUGUGAGCCAUCCACCUGCUGCUGCGACUGAAGGGGCAAGAGUGUUGGAUCCAUUGUCGGCAUUGUCAGUGGCUUCACAAGGGGCAGCCCAGGCAGCAGAUCUUGCACAGCCAACCCAGAAGGACCAAGUGGAUGGCAGUGGGCUGGGCUUGGAGCGCCCGCCUAUUCAACGCUGGAGCGCUGCAGAGAAGCUUAGAAGACACCGAAUCAGUGCCGGAUUCAAGCGGCUUGAAAAGGUUCUGCCUCCCUCGUGGAUGCGCCAGAAACAUAAGUCAAACCUGUCAUCCCGAACAGACAUGGCGACGAUGUUAGCUUCUGCUGUGGACUUCAUUAGGGAGGUGGAGGACCGUAAGGCCCAGCUUGCACAAGCUUACACUCAGCAAGUACGAUCAUGA